AUGGAUGUGUUUGAAAGGGACUCUUCCCAAAAGCCUCCAGAAAGGGACACAGCAAGUCCACUGCCAUCUCACCCUGUGAGACCCGAGCGGGAAAGCCAGUCACACUGGGCAAAGGUUUUUGACCUGCACAACUAUGAGAGUCACGUGACAACUGACCGACCAAUCAGAAGCGAAAAUCCAAGCAGGGUACGCCCAUCCUCCUCACUCCUUCCCCCGGAGUUCUACUCAGGCGGCGUCUGCAGCCACGCUCUCACGUCUCUGAGAAGAGAAUCUAGCAUUAUGGCCACUCCAUCGUCCGACAAGAAGGCGCAGAAGCAACUGCAGGGUGAGGUGCCCAUAGGGCCGAAGAACGAGGUUGCCUCUGCCCCUGGCGAUGCCCAUAGGGUCAGCAACCCCGAUCCUGGUGCCUCCGUCCCCUCGGUCUCGAGCGGUCUUUCUUCAUCGGGUGGUGGCGCCCCACACAGCGGCACAGCAGGUUCCUCUGCCUCCGCCCUGGCUGCCGUCGGCGCCAUUUCGAUCAAUGGCGAGGGCGCGGAUCUGCCCUCCACGGCCCGUGUGCAGGCGAGGGAGCGUGCCGACCUCCAGGGCGGCCGCAGUCCCCACGCUGAGCUGAGAUGUGUGGUGCCCGGAGCGGGCCAAGGUCUCCAGGCCUCACACGCAGGUGGCGUGGGCGCCGUGGUGCAAGCCAUGAGGGGAGUUGGCCAGGCCAGCGGGCCUCCGACCCUGCCCACGAGCCUGGGGAAAGGCCGUGGGAGGAAGCAGCUCGGCCGCAAGGAGACUGCCCAGGUUCAGAAGCCUCCAGGGCGUCGCUGUCUGUUUCCUGGGCUUCUUGCACCUCAGUGCCCCGUGCCUUCGCCGCCAUCUUCUCCGGGGUCUCAGCCCAGCGGCCGUCGCCGUUCUCGGGCUUCUCCGUGGGGUCAGGCAGCCCAGCCAGGCCCUGCCCUCCGAAGUCAGGCCCGAGCACCAGGCCCAGCUCUCCGCAGUCAAGCAGCCAGGCCAGGCCUCGCCCUCAACAGCCGCGCCACCCCGCUAGGCACUGCCUUCAGUGGUCAUGCUUCCGGGUUGGUCUCUGCUCUUGGCAGCCGUACAUCGGCACCAGGCCCUUCUCGUCGCCGUGGUGCACCCGCGCCAGGCCCUGUUCAUCGCCCCAGUGCUUCCGCGUCAGGCCCUGCUCUCCAGCGUCGCCGUGCAUCCGCGCCAGGCCCUGCUGUCCCUCGCCGCCAUGUGCCUGCGUCAGGCCCAGCUCUCCGCAGCCGCCGCCGUGCUUCCGCGCCGGGCCCAGCUCUCCGCAGCCACACAUCCGCGCCGGGUCCUGCUUACCGCAACUGUGCAGCUGCUCCAGGUCCUGCUUACCACAACCGUGCUUCCAGUCGCCGUGCAUCUGGGCCAGGCCGUGCUCUCAAUAACCACGCCAGCCCACCAGGCCCUGCUCUCCGCAGCCGUGCAUCGGGGUCAGGCCCUGACCUCCAAGGCCGAGCCAAGCCGAUAGGCCCUGCCCUCCGCAAUGGCUGCUCGACUUUGGGCUUUGUCCUUCGGAGCCGCACAAUCGAAAGGUCAUCCCCUAGAAGCCGGGCCUCUCUACCUGUGCCUACUAGCCUGAGUCCUCCUUCUUCCCCUGGGGUAGCCUUACGAAGGCUGGUCUGCCAGAGCAGCUCAAGCUCUCCUAAUCCUGAGGUCCCAAGCGUUGAUGCCCAGCCCCGUUGGCAUGCAGUCCGUAUGCGUGCCUCAUCUCCCUCUCCUCCUGGUAGGCUCUUUCCUUUCCCUGAACAGCUGUGUGGUGAAAGCUCCUCCUCUUCCUCUUCUGCCUCCUCCUCCAGGUCUCCUGGCCAGAGCCCCUCCUCUUCCUCCUCCUCUUCCUCUUCCUCUUCUUCCUACUCUUCCUCCACUAAUUUUUCUGGCCAGAGCACUUCUUCCCCUAAGUUUAGUGGUUUGGGCUCCAUCUCCACUCCUAGUCCUGCGAGCCUGAGGCGUGCUUUGCUGCCAGAGCUUGAUGCCCUGAGCCCUCUCUCUCCAGGAGAGGAGGCUGAAACAGGGAGCAUGCCUUCCUCCCCUAUACCUCCAGUGGUGUGA